AUGGCGUCCUUGCGCAAUGUUCUCUCCCUGCUGGCUUUGGCGGCCCUUCUCAGUGCUAGUCCAGUCGAAGUUAAACGGCACGAAGUAAAACGGCAAGCUUGGAACCCAUACAGCCCAUGCAAGUCAUGCUUUCGAAGCUCGUGGACCCAAGGGCCAGAGUGCACGACAAAUUCUUUGCUUCAGGCCACGAUCAGUCGCAUCCUAAACCCGCCAGCAUCUGAAACGUCCACAUACACACCAACGAAAUGGUGCACAGAUUAUUUGCGCCAAACGGAUUGGUCGACCAGCUAUACCACAAGCUCCGGAAUCUCCACAUACACUGACUGGACCAUCACGCACCUCUUUAUCACGGUGACUGACAAUGAGUCAGUUCAUAAAAAAACCCUUUCCCCGUCUACCUCAGAUAUACUAACGCAGCCAAGCCACCCCACAUCAACAAUGUACUGCCCAAUCCCAUCCUCCGGCAUGGAGUGCGGCUGGGACACCAACACCAUCGCCCCGAUCGACCAGGGCGAGGACUACAGCAUCGAGCACUACUAUAACCCCGAAGAGUGCCAGCAAGUCUGCCUCGAGCAUCCGCUGUGCAGAGCGUACCGCGUUGACGGGAGUGACGCUAAUGGCUGGAGUUGUGAGAUCUUCAACCUCGGCAUCGGAGCAAAUGGGACCAAUCUCGUUAACCCCACGCCAAAAGGACACCAAUGGUGGGAUCGAGACUGCCAGGUGCACAUCCCAAGCCCCUGCCGCAGCAAAACAGGUCCCACAGCGCCCCCGGCAAACACCACAGCUCUUCCCGUGCUAACCACGGACUCCGCCGCCGUAACCCCAACGUCUUCAACCCUUUCAACGCCUUCUCCAGCCCAACCAACCAUCACCACCGCGCCCACAGCCGUCCCGCGCAGCCUUUUUAAGCGCGAUGCCCCGCUCCCGCCCUACAUGUCCGACUUCAGCUAUUUCUGGUCGGGUGUGUACGUUACGCCGGCAUGUAGCUGCAUUAUCAGCUCGGCGCUGCCGCCUGUGCCAUCCACCACUACUAGCACUGUGACGAAGUGGACAUCCAGCACAAUAUGCGAACAAAUCGCAUUGAAGGAGUAUGGAACGUAA